CCUCAUUAAGGACACAGACUGGAAGAAGAGACACAGUAGGAAGACACAGAGGGUCAAACAGGCAAACACAGACUGCAGUGCAGGAAUUAGGGGCACACACACACUCUGAAGAACUGGCAUAGACAGACCCCCAAAGGCAAAGUGUGGAGGAGGGGGUUGCAGGCUCCACACACCAGCUCAGUACUGUAGGUACAUACCCUCUCAAGGUGGCACCAACAGAAGGCAGCCUGUAGAUACACACCCACCCUCUGGGUGGAGGCAGCAGGAGGUUGCACUGACACAUACAUUUACACACACAUUAGGGCUCACAGACUCCCUGCAGCCUGUUCUCAGUUCCCCAGACUGGACCAGGGGUCUUCCCUCAGUGCUGCUAACAUGAUUCUGCUCAACCUGCUCGCAAUGGGAUUGUAUCUCCAGCUGUUUAUCUGUUUUGUCCUUUCCCAGACUUCCUUCCUGGACAGUGUCUUCCCAAUACAUGCAGCAUUUCCAUCCCUUGAACAGAAGAAACGAACCACUACAGGAGGGUGCUGUAUUUUCACACCUCCCCCACCACCGAUAUUCCCACCUCCUCUAUUCUUCAGACAGCGAAGGAAUUCAGUAUAUGAUCUGGAUUACAAAUACUCACCUCUGGAAUUCAAACCAACCAUACCUUUAUGUGUGCCAGGUCCACCAGGACCCGACGGACCUCCAGGCCCAGAGGGUUCUCAAGGUAUUCCAGGAACUGCUGGACCAAAAGGAGAAAAAGGUGAAAUUGGCAGACCGGGGAGAAAGGGCAGGACUGGCCCUCCUGGUGUCCCAGGAAUGCCAGGACCAAUAGGCCCACAAGGACCAAUGGGACUGAAGGGAGAAAAGGGGGAUUCUGCAACCUUAGGCGUUAUAGCUUCAAGAGGACCAACGGGCCCCAAGGGUUUUCCUGGCGCUAAAGGAGAGAAGGGUAUGAAAGGAGACAUGGGUGAAAUGGGACCCAAAGGUGAACAGGGAUAUAUGGGCCUCCCGGGAAUGCUUGGUCAGAAGGGAGAAAUGGGCCCAAAAGGAGAACCAGGAGUUCCUGGAAACAGAGGACCGACUGGAAGACCAGGAAAACGAGGCAAGCAGGGAGACAAGGGGACAACUGGCUCAAUGGGAAUUAUGGGUCCACCUGGAAGGCCAGGGAGUACAGGUCCUCCUGGACCCCCAGGACCAGGGCAUCUAACGAAUGGACCAAAGGGAGAAAGAGGCAUUCCUGGUCCCCCUGGAAGAUGUCAUUGCAAAUACCCACCAACUUUGAAUAACCCAAAUUAUGAUGAAUCCUUUAAUGGACACAAUUAUGCUAAGAUAUUUGUGGUUGACAAUCAGGAAGAGUUGGAUGAGCUAAUGAAUAUGGACAAUGCACUGGCCUUCCGAAAAGAUUUGAAGUCUCUUUACUUUAAAGACUCAAAUGGAUGGUUCCCUGUUCAACCUACUGCAUUAAUCAGUGGUGAUCUUGGAAACACGUGUGGGGAUGGCAUUAUCCAAUCUGGGGAAGAAUGUGAUGACGGCAAUAAAAUUGUCUCCGAUAACUGUAUAAAAUGUAAGCGUGCCUUUUGUGGAGAUGGCUAUCGGCAUGAGGGGGUCGAAGAAUGUGAUGGGCAAGAUUUUGGAUUUCAGUCAUGUAGAACAUAUCUUCCAGGGUCUUAUGGACAUUUACGAUGCACCACGUAUUGCUACAUUGACUCUACACAGUGUCGAUACUUCACAUGAGAAGUUACCAGAUUUGGCCCGAAUCAAACGUGAUGUCACAUACACAUCUGGUGCUAUCGUAAAAAUGUUCAACUGUUAGACUGGGCAGUAUACUAAACUUAAAGUAAAAGUGAAUGAAAGAAAUGUAUGCUGCUGAUGGCCUUUUGGGAAUUUUUUCACUGUCUGGGAAAAAAAACAGGACCACUGCACCUUGUCUUAACAAAACACGUCAAACAGUAUCUGCCAGCCUAUUUUAGACUUCAUACAUCUUUAUAUGGAGAUUUCUUAACAAGAAAAACACAAAUCUGCUGGAAUCAAAAAGAAUUUAACUCUACAGGAAUAUUGCAUUAACAAGACAACUUUACCUCGGCUAAGCACUGUUAUAUACGUGGAAAUUAACCUUUACAGGUUUUGUUUCUUUUUAAAAAUGUUUUGUUUUCUGUAGACUUCUAUUAACUAAACACCGAGCAUAUCCUGAGGUGUGGUGUUUUGAAGAACAUUUAACUUCAUAAUACAAUGUGAAAAGUCACUGUACUGUAUUGUACCCCAAGUUCUUUUAAGUUUCCGUGAUAUCAAAAGCAAUCCACUAAGUGGGCCUGUUUGUAAAUUGUAUUGGUCCAUUGCACACAGACAGGAAAUUAAAGGACGGACCUACAGAAUUGAGCAAUUUAGGAAGAAGACUUCAAAGAGAGCAGAUCAACGGAUCUCACCAUUCAUUAUAUUUGUGGUCAGAGUGGAUAGUACAGUUUAAGACCAAAUACUGUUGGAAACAGAACAUAACUAAACUAAAAUUGUGCUGAUGUGAAUGUUUCUGAAUCUUUAUAAUAAACCUAAUGGCAUGAAUCUGUAUGCAUUUUCGGGAUGAUUUAAAACUAUUAUAAAAGCAGUAAUUAAUUAUAAUAUUAUAAUCCUAUCGUAAACUAUAAAGAAAAACCUUCAGUCGUCAAAAUGUGCACAGAAUUACUGCACUCACAUUUUGAUUAAAGAAAACAUCUUCUAAACGUUAUUUAAAUAGUGUGGGCAAUAAUUUUUAUUUACAUACAUUUAGAUAUGAGUAUAGAAUAUGCAUAAAACCAAAAAUCUCAUCCAAAAAAAGCUCAACUAUCUCCACUGACACUGAAUAACACGGAGAAAGAAUUGUGGCGCAGAAAUUUUAGUAAAUAUAGUAUAAAUACAUCAAAUGUUUCACAUACUGCAUUUUAAAGAUAUGAAACCUUGUUUUCAUAAAGUUUAGACAUAUACAAAGCUUAGCACUCAUUUAUAUGGUUCACUUUCUCUAAUUAAUAUAAAGAAACGUGUCUCCUUUUUAAUUCAAUUUAAAUUAAUUUGUGCUCCAAUAACUUUAUUUGCGAUGGUCUUAAAUUAAUAGCAACACUCAUAAUUGUGAAGAAGAUACAUUGACGUGUUGAACAAAUUGUAACCACGUUUUUUCAUCUUUUUACUAAUAUAGUUAUUAUAUAAUAAUCAAACCAUUACCUUACAAGAGGUCCCUUAAAAAACAAGGGAAUGGCAGUGACCGCCCAGCAAUGUAUGGCUAUCGAGUAAAUCAGGUUCUAGAUCAGGCCCUCUUCCCACAACAGUCCAGGUUGUUCUUACUAAAACACAGCCGUGUCCAUUCUGGAACGUAUGGAUAGUAUAGUUAUAUAUCUGCAUACGUAGGACCCUUUCUCAUUGUGGAUCUUCAGUCAUGCCAGAUUACUUUGCUAGUCUUUAUGUUGGUAGUUUACCUAUGAAGAUCUGAUGACUGGAACAGUCCUUAAUGACUGACAGGGGGUCAAUGCAUUUACUACAUUGAAGUUAUUGUGUCUAAUUUUUAUGUUCCUCUCCUUGAGAUUUAUGCUGAACUUUCUUUAUUGCCUCUUCAGUCUCCAAAAUCAAAUUAUUUCUACACUUUCAUUCUUUUUUUUGCUCAUAACCCCUUAAGGACCAAUGUCAUUCCAUGCAAUAUCAUCAUCUGGUGUUUGCAUACCCUCUACCACCAUGUCAUGUCCCACCUAUAUAACAUUAGAAACGCUGUAGAGCCCUGAUAAAUGUGUAGGACAUUCCACGAUGGUACAUGGUUUUUAAGGACCAAAUGUUUGAGACAGCAUAGUCUGUGAUUGAUCCUUGACAGGUUAUUCAUUAAUAUUAAAGUAUACUGACACACCUCAUCCUUUUUGGAUAUGUAUCAUCUUUGCCUUGCGUUUAAGAUAAUGGAUUGUUGUUGUUCUGUUCGGGUUCCAUGUCUGUUUGGCAGGUUCCAAAUUUAUUUGUAUUCUGCAUUGUCUUGAUUCUCACGCUGCUUCUUCAUUGUAGAUAGGUUUAUUUAUGAAAUAUCUUAAAAAAGGGAAUUGAACUUUAAGCACUAUAUCUAUAAUGCAUAUGCUUUAAUCAGACCUAAAACUGGUACUUCUUAACCCAAUAAUUCUUCAUGGGAUUAUUAAUCUCUUUAUAUUAAAAAAAUAAUAAUCACGGUUGUAACAUGAAUGAGUUAGAUUUUUUUUUGUACAGGUUUCUAAAUAUUAACAGAUACAUAUUUGAUAUGCAUGUAUUUACUGUUCUGGUGACAAUUACGGUUCGGACUGUCAAACCUCUCAGUACAUGCCUUAAAGUUGAUAUGCCAUGAAGUUGAAAUAACUUAAUGUAUGUAAAAGUGUAACACUGGGAUUUUCCCUUAUCUCUGCAUGCCCUUGACCCUGGAAUUCACAGAUAAUAAAAAAACAAAUUAACAUUUGA